AUGGCAAAAGACAGCGCACCGCAGGAGUUUCCCUGCACACUCACCCUCUCCAUCCCCUUCCCAACCGCGCACCUCGCCCGCACCGCCUCACAGGCCCUCGCCGUCGACGCCGAACUCUCGCCCCUCGUGCGACGCUCUUUCUCCACCACAUCCUCCGAAUCCUCCUCCACGGAAGAAAGAAUACUAAAAGUAGACUACGCCGCGACAACGAACCGCAUGCUCCGCGUAGCAGUAAACGGGUUUUUCGAGAGCCUGGGCGUCGUGCUAGGGGUUAUGCGGGAGUUGGAUGUGGAUGUUGUGCAGGGGGAGGUGGAGGGGGAUUUGAAAGGGGUACAGGGCUUAGAGGUUGGGGUGUGA